AUGCGUGUUUCUACUCUCAGCUUCAUGGCGGCCGCCCACGUCGCCUCGGCCCAGUUCAUGAACACGACCACCACUGCCACGCCCUCCGCGACCUCGUCGUCUCAGGGCGUAGCUCCCACCAGCCCUGCUUCCAUCGGACCCUUCCAGAAGUACGGCUGUGCCUCUCUGGAGAAUGGCCUCAGUGGACUGGACAUCGCCGCCACCAGCAACGAGAUGACCCUCGAGCUGUGCGCCAGCACCUGCUUUGAGAUCACAGGCACCCCCGGCUUUGGUGUUAUUGGAGCCACUUGCUACUGCGGCACUCCUGGAACUCCCAUCCGCUUGCCUCUGGUCUCCGAGUCCAACUGCAACUUCCCCUGCCCCGGUGACGAGACCCAGGCCUGCGGUGGCAACGGCGGUCUCCCCACUGGGGCUGCUCGCCUCCGUCGCCAGGGCCUCUCCUUCAUCAGCGUUUUCAUCGAUCCCAACGCCGAUGAUGUCAGCACCACCUCGGCAGCUGCUUCGGCCACCUCCACCCCUGGAUCCGGCGACGUCAACAUUGACAUUGACGUGGUCAUCAACUGCUACGGCGACUACUGCAUCAACAUUGACAACAGCCAGCAGAACUGCGUCGGUGACGGCUGCCAGAACUACCACGUCGUCUGCCAGGGAGACAACUGCGAGGCCCAGGUCUGCGUCGACAACGUCAACUGCGACCAGCUCGUCGUCUGCCAGGGCUCCGAGUGCAACUUCCGCGCCUGCAAGGGUGACCAGUGCAACCAGAAGAUCGAGUGCAUCGGCUCCAUCUGCAACAUAACCAACGAGCCCCGCAAGAUCGUCUGCAAGGACGACUCGUGCAAGCCCGAGAUGUGCAUCGAGGACUGUGGCCGCAAGGUCAUCUGCUCUGGCGACGAUUGCAAGACUGAGAAGCCAUGCGGCUGCCCCGUCCCCAAGCCCCCUCCCGCCCAGACUACGGUCAAGCCUACCGUCAAGCCUACCGCCCAGCCUACCGCCCAGCCCCCAGCCAAGGAGACUACUGUCCCUGCCGGCAAGCCUGCCACUCCCAGCAAGCCCGCGACCCCUGCUACCCCUGGCAAGCCCGCUGCUCCUGCGAACCCAGGCAAGCCCGCGGCUCCUGCUACUCCUGAGCAGCCUGCAGCCCCUGCUGCUCCUGGCAAGCCUGCCGCUCCUGCUACCCCU